GCAGUGAACGUGCAGAUAAUAUGAUAGAUAAGAAAAGGACGGACAUGACUGUGUUACAUUUACAUAAUAAGUGGUGCCAAAAUAACUUCAUAAUUUAAAAUGAAGUUGUGUCUGGUAGUUUUUAUUUAUUUGCUUGACACAGUGAACUCUCAGAAUUGUGUAUACUCUGGCCAUUGCGCAGCAGAUGUUUGUCCAGCCGGAAGUGCUGUCCACUGCCUAGACACACGCUGCAAAUGUCUGACACUCACAGGGGCUAUACCAUCUUCAACAUGCACACAAAGGUCUGAUUGUCCUCUUGGAGCUUGUCCGGUCGGAAAUAUCAUGCACUGUCUAGAUGGGCACUGUAAAUGCAUAGUUGAUGCGGUAAGCAUGUGCCAUAAAGAUGAUGAUUGUGUUGCCUCCCAUAACAACGUCAAGGAGUGUGGACCACCUGGAGGUGACGGCAACUGGGAAUGCCAUCACAAACUUUGCCAAUGUGCUCAUGAUUAAUGUCGAUAAAAUUAAUUGCAGUUCAUAGA